GUCCAUAUCGUGGUUUUUAGAUCGUAAGAACCCCAACUAUUAUACCUCACUCUAUACAUAGCCUAAGGUUUAAAUGUAGCAAUGAGGAAAGGAAUAGUAGAAGAAAACGAUGAGAAAGACAUAAAGGACGGCUUAUUCAAUGGUCAUCCUGAUAAUAACGUUAAGUCUUCUGACGAUGAACAAUUGUCAUCAGAAGAAAAAGUUUCAGACAAACAGAAAACGUCAUCUGUGUCAGCACUCAAAACUAGAUUGAAAUCUGAUGAAGCAUAUCGUAAAAAAUUCCUAAUUUUUGUUACAAUCUGUUACAAUUUCUUCGUUGUGGGUGUCAAUGUUGGUCAGUUUGGACCUACAGUCCUUGACUUGAAGAAAAUAACAAGCUGUAGUCUUGACCAAGCUUCAUUCCUGUUCAACGCCAAUACCUUGGGUUACUUGUCUUCUUCAGUAAUUGUGGGAUUAACAUUUGAAAGAUUUAACAAACUUCUUCAAAUGUGUUUUUCUGCUGCUUUACUUUCCGUGGUGGUAGCUAUCAUUCCAUGGUGUUCAGUUUAUGAAGCUAUGGUUACCAUACAUUUUUUCAAAGGAUUUUUCAUGGGAAUAGAAGACGCAGUUGGAAACGCUUUACUCAUCCAUCUUCUUGCAUCAGAAGUAAAAACAUACAUGCAGAUUCUACAUUUUAUGUUUGCCUUUGGUGGAAUUAUAGCGCCAUUAAUAUCUGCACCCUUUUUGUCCAACGAUGAUCCAGUGGAAUCACAAUCAUACAACAGGACAACGUGGAACAAUACAAAUAAUUAUACUUUUUUCCAGAAUACAACAGGAUCUCAGAAUGUCAGUCAUAUAAAUGCUUCUGAACCGUUUUAUAUACAAUCUAAUUUGUCCAUCGGUACAGGUAGCGAUUCUGAAGUUUAUAAAGCAUACACAAUAUCGGCUGUUCUGACUAUAUUAUCAGCCUUAUCGUUUAUAGUUCUCUAUUGUAGAAGUGAUGAAUCAACAUGUCCAUCAUUAAAAAGUGAGAAUGAAGGACACAAAGCAGAGAAAGUAACUGGUCGUAUACGAGUAUUUGGACUGAUCAUUUUAUGUUUGAUAAUCGCUUCCUAUACGGCCAUGGAAGACACGUACGCUGGUUUUCUAGUCGCAUUUACAGUAAAAUACUUCAAUUGGACAAAGGCCAGGGGGGCUUUUGCAACUUCAGUUUUUUGGACUUCGUUCGCUAUCGGAAGGUUUUGUGGAAUUUUUAUUGUGAAUUUAAUAAGUCAGCUGAAGUAUUCUUACAACUUUCUUUAAAGAAUAGAAAACUAUCCGUUUCAUCAUGGUUAAUCGACCUAUUUAACUGAUUUAGAAUGGCUGAUCUGUCAGAUAAAUUAGAAGCAGAAGUUACACACAGAGAAAAUGCCGUUAGAUUGUUGCAUGGUCAUGUAGAGAAUGAGGAUGGAAAUAUAAAAAGAUCAGCAGUUAAUAACUUUCUCCAGCAACUUAAGGAUGACAGGCUAUUUCAAAGGAAAUUUAUUAUUUUUAUAUGCCUGUGUUACGCCUUUUUUGUUUUGGGUCUGAAUAUCGGCCAGUUUGGACCAACAUUGUUGGAUCUGCAGAUGAUUACUGGAUGUAGCUUAGAUCAAGCUUCAUAUUUCUUUAAUGCCCAUACCAUUGGAUAUUUAAUAUCUUCGGUGUUGACCGGCAUUAUGUUCGAAAGAAUCAACAAGCUGUUGCAGAUGUUCUUUCCUGCUCUUAUAUUGUCCGGGGUGGUUGCAGCUAUUCCAUGGUGCAUUAUAUAUGAAGUUAUGGUCACCAUACAUUUUUUCAAAGGUUGUUGUUUGGGAUUUAUUGAUGCAGUUGGUAAUGCCAUCUUGCUGCAUAUAUUUGCUCAGAACGUGAAGACAUAUAUACAAAUUUUACAUUUCACCUUUGCUUUUGGAGGAAUUAUUUCACCUAUCAUAUCGGCAUCUUUUCUGACGUCUCCGAAUAAAAA